AUGGAUACUAUGUUUGAGCCGUCCAGACCCAUCAACCUUUCACAGUCAGACAUGCAGUUCGCACCUUCGCCAAAAAUCGAAUCCACACUCUGGUCGAAACCAUUUGGCAUCCCACGCAGCGAGAAGGAAUCUCUCCUCAAAACGUUGCACCAGCAUAAAGGAUCCAAGAAUACGAUGGCCUUCCGUCAAACCAAGGAUUCAAACCCCGCCCCCCCGGCACCCUGCGGCGCUGUCAGCCCCAAGAGAGCCCGACAUCUCGAACGCAACCGCGCUGCUGCUAGCAAAUGCCGCCUUAAGAAGAAGAGAGAGCACGAACAAAUUCAGAGUGUGCUAGAUAACGAGAGCACCAAACGGGACAUACUACUUGCUGAGGUGGACUGCCUAAAAGAAGAGAUCUGGCAGCUCACAAAUACGAUUUUCGAGCAUGCAAAAUGCGAGGACCAACAAAUCAACCUGCAGCUUGCAAAGAUGACUCAGAAAUAUAUCGAAUCAAGCCCAUCGCAGUCUCCCCAACUGUCGUUCUCGGCGAGUACGAUGUUUUAUGGGUCAUUGGAGGCGGGGAAGAGCCCCAAUAUGUCUGGCGAUCUUUCGGUGAGCUGGCCGGAGGAUGAUACGAUGGCCCUGGAAGGGAAUUCCGAAGAGAUAUUUGACAUUUUUGUCGAUGUAACCAACAUGUAG